AUGUCAGCCAGAAAGGGCUAUCUGCUCCCUUCGCCAAAUUAUCCCACAACAAUGUCAUGCUCGGAGAGCCCGGCCGCGAACUCCUUUUUGGUGGACUCCUUGAUCAGCACGGGCAGAGGGGAAGGAGGAGGAGGCGGAGGCGGCGGCGGCGGCGGCGGAGGGGGCUACUACCCCCACAGCGGGGUCUACCUGCCCCAAGCGUCCGAUCUGUCCUACGGGCUGCAAAGCUGCGGGCUGUUCCCCGUGCUCAGCAAGCGCAAUGACGGCAGCUCGCCCGGCAUGGUGUCCCCUCCUCAUGCCUACAUGUCAGGGAUGGAGGUUUGGCUAGACGCCCCCAGGUCCUGUCGGAUGGAGCAGCCGGAGGGGCAGCCGCCGCCUCCACAGCAGCAGCAAGCCCAGCAGCAGCAAGCCCAGCAGCAACCACAGCAGCAGCAGCAGCAGCAGCAGCAGCAGCAGCAGCAGCAGCCUCCGCAGCAGCAGCAGCAGCAGCAGGCAACCUCUUGCUCCUUCGCCCAGAACAUCAAAGAAGAGAACUCUUACUGUCUCUACGACUCGGACAAAUGUCCCAAAAGUUCAACAGCCCCGGACCUGGCGGGCUCCUUCCCGCGGGGCCCGCCGGAGGGCUGUUCCCUGAGCGGCGGGAGCGGGGUGCCCGUGCCCGGCUAUUUCCGUCUGUCUCAAGCCUACGGCACCUCCAAGGGCUACGGCGCCGCUCCGCUCGGCGCCGCCCCGUUCCCCCCGCCGCAGCCCCAAGUCCGCUUCGACUCGCCGCCGACGCUGGCCCAGGGCUCGGCGGACCCGGCCGGCGAGGACGGCGCCCUCGACUCGCCUCCCGCCACCGCGCUGCCCUGCGGCUCCCAGGCCGAGGAGGAGGCGCAGGCGUCGUCCUCGGCCGCCGAGGACCUGUCUCCGGCCCCCUCGGAGACCAGCAAGCCCUCGCCCGAGAAAGACCCCGUAGGCAACGCCAAAGGAGAAAAUGCAGCCAACUGGCUCACGGCAAAAAGCGGCCGGAAGAAACGGUGCCCUUACACCAAGCAUCAGACACUCGAGCUGGAAAAGGAGUUUCUGUUCAAUAUGUACCUGACUCGAGAGCGUCGCCUAGAGAUCAGCCGCAGCGUCCAUCUCACAGACAGACAAGUAAAAAUCUGGUUUCAGAACCGAAGGAUGAAACUGAAGAAAAUGAACCGAGAAAAUAGAAUCCGAGAGCUCACAGCCAACUUUAAUUUUUCCUGAUGAACGUCCAAAACGACCACGUUUUUACGGUCGAAAGAGCCAGUAUCUUUUUCCUAGGCGAUAGGAACUCGCACCUGUAUGGAGCCCCGAUUUGUUUGGUUUUUUUUCCCCUUCUACAUUCGCGAUCUGUCCAUUACAUCUGUGCAGGGUUUUGAUUUUGGUUUUCUGGGGGGAAAAGCCAUAAUGCGAAAAAAACAAAACAAAACAAAAAAAAUUGCCAUGUAUGUAAAGCGGUGACUCUGACGUGGGUUGGUUCGUCUUACGGUAUCCCACUCCUUGAACUAACAACUGUCAUCUCGGAGGGCUUCACGUAUUUGUGUUGAGAGACGAAGCGACGCCCCAGUGAAAAGAGCACUCCCAUUGUAAGCGCUAAAGUGUCUGUGGGCAGGCUUUAGGUGAAUGGUGAGUAAUCGAAGUCUUUCCUGGCUGGCUGAGGGCAGGUCAGGGAAACCUAGACCUUGUCUGUUUUGGCUUUCUUGGAAAAUAGAGCGACUGACCCUCUGGUAAACUUAGAUUGCAAAUUAGGGUUUCGCGUGAGCUGGUGUGAGAGACGAGGCGAAAGGAAGAGUGGGAGAGAGGAAAGAGAGGAAAGAAAGAGAAUCAAAGAGGGACUUUUCCCCUUCCUUUUGAUAUCACAGCUUUAAAAAAUUGGCCAGGAAAAUGAGACGCCCUCUCUUCCAAGAACAUUCAAGGUCUUGUGUUGCUUAUGGACUUAAAUGAUUACACUUACCUCUGAAUUUCAGUAUCUUUCGGGUUGUAGAUAUUUGCCUAAUGUAGUUUUGCUUAAAUAUGUGGAAUUAGUGGAUUUUUGUCUAUAAGUAACGUUACCACUGGUAACACGUGACAAGCACACAACAAUUCUCCCUGUCUCAAGGAAAAAGCAAUCUUUUUUUUUUCUCACUGAAAUUCAAGGAACAGUUUGGGGGGCUUUGGCAGGCGAAGUAGGAGAGAGAAAGGGAGACAUUGUUCGUAUUUCCUUUAUACUGUGAAGUUACAUGCAUAAAAGGGUCAAACCUAUAGGUGCAAAAAAGCUAUAAAUACAAAUCUGUAUAAAUGUCUAUUAUUAUUAAAAAUGCCGAUACUGUUUUAAGCAAAUGCAUUCUAUCGUUAUUAUAAAUGUUAGUUCUAGCGCUAUUUACUUCUUACCUUAAAUCGGAAUAAAUUAAUAUUGUAAUGCUGCUGUGCGUGAAAA